UUGCUUUAAAUAUCAACAUUACAACUGGAAUUAAUAAAAUUAAAUCACACAAUUCUAUCAAAUAAAUAAAUUUUGUUUAAAUUUGAAACAAAUCUGUUAAUAAAAACUAUAUUUUAUAAAAGAACGUUCGUUAAUAUAAAAAAGUAUCUGAACAUCUUAAAAAUGGAAGCGAAACGUAGUAAUACUGUGCAAUAUCAAAACAAUGGUCAUCGUGUUACCACAAGUUCCUCGAAAACCCAAGUCAUGAAGAAAAAUGCCAGCGAAAUAAGUUUGACUCCCAGUCAGGCAGCUGAGCAAGCUAAACUAAAUGGUCGCAAACAUCCUUUAGAUGCUUUAAGUAAAUUGCCUAAUAAACAGGUUACUGUGGAACGUAGAUCGGGUCUACAAGAUGUGGAUGAGGAAUAUUUGAAGCAAAAUGUUUUUCGAAAACCUCUGUUUUCUAGGAAUUCGGGUUUAAAUGAAGUUAAUGCCUCUCAAAAUCAAAUGACCAAUGUGCCAGCCGCAGGACAGCAUUCAAUUCCUCCCUCCGAAGGAUCUGUGGCAAAUCCAAUAAUAUCGCAGGCUCAAUUAAAAGUUCAACAGAAUUAUCAAGAACAUCUACCAGCAAAUAUGACACCAUCGCAAAUUCAAAUGCAAUCUCAAGUUCAGAGUGCAGCUGGAACUAUGCCAACAGUACAAAAUAACCAGCAAACAAUGAAUGGGAAAAAUCAAAUUAAUCAUCCUGCAGUAUCGGUGCAACAGGAUUGUCAGCAACAACAGCAGCACCAUCAACAAAAUGCCCAACAACCUCAAACGACUAUUUACAAUAAUACUUUAACAAAUCAAGAACCUGAAAUGUGUACAACUUGUCCUAAUUGUCAGACCACAAUUUAUUUAGUACGUGGAGCUGAUGUUAGUAAUGAUAUGACACAAAAAGAAUACCAAACUCAUAAUGUGCCUGCAACACCAUCAGGCUAAACUUGAUUUCGUCAAAUUUAUUGAAUAUUCAAAAUUUCAAUUUGUUAUGAAAUUUAUUAUUGUUAUUUUGCAAAUGAUUUGUUAAAAUUAAUAUCGUUCUGAAUUAAACUUUGAAUAAACAAUAAGGAGUUUGUAAUCGGA